UGGGGUCGUUGAGUGUGCGAGCCUGACUCGUGUGCCGGUCGCAAAAUGAGGCUGUCCAGCACGCUGCUCCUCGCUGCGGCCGCGUCGGCACAGCUGCCGCAGCUCCCAUCUCUCCAGCCGGACGGCUGGGAGCAGGACUUGUGGGCGACGCUGAGCAAGCUCGGCCACGCCUCUCGCUCCUCUCAGCGCAAGGAGAAAGGCUCGCUUCCUCCCGCGUGCAUCCUCGCGCCGAAGGGCAUCGUUCGCUGGACGUGCGGCCUCGUCGGCCAGCUCCCGCUCGCUGGCUUUAUCCUGGUUCCCGACGACAGCAACCGAGAUGUGUGGCUCAAUCCAGAUGUGUUUGUGCCGGGCGAUGAGGAGCGGCCACAGCUGACCGUACUGCUCAAGGGCUUUGAGGUGAUGGGCGUGACGGCAUCCCACAUAACCUCCAACGCGAGCGACGACGGACUGCGGGCUGGACUCGCCGGCCUCGGCUGGCAGGCGCACGCGCACAUCAGCCGGCUCGAGGCGGGGACCAACCACUGCCCCUUCGACAGCUGCGCGACGAGCGUCGCGCUCCCCUCCUGGGCCCCAACCCUCGAGAUCUCGCGCCGCGACUUCGACCUGCUGCGCGGCACCGCCGCCACGGUCCGCCCCGACCUCGGCCUCGACGUGCGCGCCGAGGGCCUGUCGGCGCGCGCCGCCGGCCUCGACGACGCGCGCAUCGACGGCGUGCUGCUCUCCCUGAGCUCCGACCGCGCCAGGGAGCUGGUCGGGACGAUCUCCGACCUGCGGCUCCGCAGCCUCGACAAGCUCUCCGAGCUCUCUCUCCUCGCGACCAACGCGAGCGCGCCGCACGAGCUGCGCAACGUCAUCGGCGGCGCCGGCAGCGUCGGCUUCACCGUCGCGCUCACGCUGUGCCGGCAGGAGUGCACGACGCACGCAUUCGAGAUCACCCUCUCGCUGGCCUCGGUCCGGCUCCUCCUCGAUUUGGACGUCGCUUUCCUGCAGCCCUUCCCACAGCCCGCUCCGCAGCAGCCGCGCGACGGGGGCGAGGGCGGCGGCGGCAAGGGCGAGGCCGGCGGCGGAGCAGGCCGCUCGCCUGGCUGCGCGCUCCUGCUGCCAGCGCUUCUUUCCCUUCUUCAGGCCGCAUGCUCGACGCGUCUCGAGGUCUCCAACUGGACGGAGGCAGAGCUGGGCCUCGCGGCGGAGCUGGACCUCGCGGUGCGUGCGCUCGACGCGCCGUCGGCCGCGCACGUGCCGACAGAGUGGCUCUUCUGGGCCGUCUCAGCCUUCGGGCGGGGCGGCUUGCGGCUGGCCAACGAUGCUCUGGCGAGGGGGCUCGAGCUGGCGGGCGAGGCGUGCGCGGCGGAGGCGGAGGCCGCAGCGCCGUCUCCCUCUUCCGCGGCUGGCGAGGGGGAGGGGGAGGAAGGGCGGGCGCUGAGCCCUGCCGCCGCGGUGACAGUCCUGCUCUACGGUUCGGUGGUGCUGGUGGCGGGCGGCGUGGUGGGGUGGCAUUUGGUGCGCAGGCAGGGCGUGCCGGCUUCGGGCGUCGACGCGUCGCUGGCUGCCGCUCGGCCGAUCUGGCACGCGCUGCUGAUGACGGCGGUGUGCGUGUGCGUGAUGGGCAUGCUGACGGUGUACGCCUCGCCCGGCGCCUUCGCCACGUCGAGCGUCGGCCUCUCGCUGGCGGGGCACGAGCUGCCGCGCGUGCAGGUCAUGCAGAUCGAGCUGCCCGAGAUUGUGCUCAUGCUGUGGGACGCGGAGGCGUACCCGCUGAUGGCGGUCGCGGGGUUCUCGAUGGGGUCCUGGCCCUUCAUCAAGCUCCUCCUCACCCUCUUCUCGCUCUGGGCCCCCGCGAGCGUCCUGCCGCCCGCGCGGAGAGGCCGGCUCUUGCUCUGGUUCGACCUGCUCGGCAAGGUGUCUCUCUUCGACAUCCUCUUCGAGUACAUCCUCCUUGCGGUCUUCGCCCUCGUGUCGGCCGACCUCCCGACCCUCCCCGAGCUCCGCCACGACAGCUGCGGCCGCACGGCCCCGGCCGCUCGCUUCUCCACGUGCACUGUCCCGUUCGCGCACUUUGCGCUCGACGUGCACUUCACGUGGCGCACCUGGCUCUUCAUCACCGCCACCGCCAUCUCGCUCCUCUGCACAAACGUCGUCAACCACUGGCCUCUCACGCCGCCCCCGCGCCGCCGCUCGCUCUCGGCGCACUCCCUCGAGCCGGCGGCGCGCCAGGCGAGCGCGCGCCUGAACGACCUGCUCGCGAAGGCGGGUGCGCCGGCGCCGCCCGGCGGCUCUGGCGUUCGGCGGCUCGAGCUGCAGUCCCGUUCGGCGGCGCUGGUCACCUGGUCGCUGGUGCUCGCGAUCGGGCUCACUCUGGCCGCGUACGUUUCCGAGUCCUUCCAGCUCACCUUCGAGGGAGCGGUGGCCGAGAUCCUCGAGGCUCAGCCGGGCGGAACGAGGCGGAACGCGUACUCCCUCUACUCGAUGACCAUUGCGAUCGGCGAGGCGGUCGGCACCAGCCACAUGUGCCUCUUCGCGCUGAUGUGCGGCGCGAUGCCGCUGCUCUGGCUCGCCCUCUGCCUCUGGAUUUGGCGGGUCCCGAUGGAGCGGCACACGUCGCACGCCUUCGCCUUCGUCGCGCAGACCGCGUACUGCUACAGCGCCUUCGAGCUCGUCGUGGUUGUCAUCGUGAUGUCCAUGUUCGAGAUCGGGCCGGCGAAGCUCGCGCACGUGGUCGGCCCUCUCGACUGGAUGGUGGCGCACUACUUUGCAGACUUCUACCCCGAGACCACCGUCUCGCACACGCACACCACGCUCUCGCUCUCAGCCGGCUUCGAGCCCGGCAUGGCACUGAUGGCGCUCGCCGUCGGCGGCCGCUCCUGCGCGGGCGGAGCCGCGGUAUCGGCACGCACCACGAAGCCCGCCGCCGCAGCCUUCUUCUCCGCCUUGUUCGCCUUCUGCCGGGCCUUUUUGGCCCUGCGAGCUGCGUCCCGAGCAUCCUUCUGCUCCUCCGUCGGCUCCUCCUUCCGCGACGCGGUGCGCUCGACGAACGAGCGCUCCGCCGCCUGCACCGGCUCGCGGUCGCCCGCGGCCUUCUCGUGCUUCAGCUCGAAGGUCGCCGUCCCGUAG